UACUUAGAACAAGACAAGAUACUGGACACUCUAUCAUAUAGUAUAACAAGACAGAAGGAGUUGGCAAUUGCAAUUGGUAAUGAAGCAGAGUCACAGGGUGUACUGCUGGACGAUAUCAAUGAUCAUGUCGACUCAACAUCUGCACGACUAAGGAAUGCAACCAAAAGCGUUGUUCGAUUGACUCAAGACGCAAAGACUACAGGUCUAUGGGCCACUAUAUGCUUCCUAAUCAUUGCUCUGAUCAUUGUCAGUGCAGUGGCAAUGGCA